AUGACUACGCAUACCAUCACUACGUUUCGCUUCGAUGCUGCUUCUGCCAAGUUCGUUAAGAAGACUGCACAGCGUGCUCUCGGUUUGAACGAGGUCAAAAUCAAAGUAACACAUUCAGGUAUUUGCUAUACCGAUGUUCAUGCAAAGGACAAGGCCUGUGGACUGGGCCAUGAAGGUGUCGGUCUGAUCACCGACAUUGGCGCCAAUGUGACAUCCAUGAAGCCUGGCGAUAGAGUCGGUUGGGGUUGGUUACGUAGCUCUUGUGGCAACUGCUCUGCCUGUCUUGAUGGCUAUCGCCAGUACUGCGCUCAAGCAAGUGGCUUCGCGUUCUGUGACCACGACCAAGGCGCUUUUGCUGACUAUCACAUCAUCGAUGCCGACUUUGCCUACCAAUUACCUGCUGAAAUUCCUUCUUGGCAAGCUGGUGUAUUCAUGUGCGCCGGUGCAUCGACUUAUGAGGCCCUACAUGCAGCCGGUACCAAACCGCAUCAUCGUGUUGGUGUUGUUGGCCUAGGUGGUCUCGGUCAUAUGGCAGUUCUCUUCGCCAAAGCAAUGGGCUGUGCUGUCACUGUCUUUUCAGGCUCUGCUCCAAAGGCAGCAAGAGAUGCUUUCGAGCUUGGCGCCGACGAGUGUCGAAUCCUCAGCAAUAUCAACACCCCUAUUAGAUCAUUUGGGGUACAUGAGCAGAAAGCACUCGUAGACGUCCUGCUCAUUUGUGCUAACGAAACGCCUGAUCUGGACAAGAUCUUGCCUUUCCUAGCACGAAGGGCAACGAUUGUUCUCAUGUCGAUACAACAAAAGCCGCUGAUCAUACCGUAUAUGCCUUUCGUACUUCCUGGUCAUAGGAUCAUAGCAUCGACUGAGGCAUCAAGACAAAACCAUCUUGCUAUGAUACAGUUUGCGGCCAGACACAGGAUAACGCCUUGGGUAGAGCGUUUCCUUAUGACUGAGGACGGGCUCAAGACUGCAUUUGAUAGACUCGAGAAGGGCGAGAUGAGAUAUAGAGGAGUGCUCGAGGUUCCUCCAGCUGGAAUAUAG